CACAUUCACGUACUUGCAUUCAUAAGAAACACGAAAGUAAAAAUGUUUCUCGUUGUUACUAUAUUACUUAUAAUUAUACUUAUACUUGUAUUGGCCUUGUACUGUAAAAAAACUGCAGGUCAAUGUGAAAACAGCAAGCAUUUAGUUGGCAAAGUAGUGAUAGUGACCGGAGGAAGUUCUGGGAUCGGGUUCGAAGCAGCAAUGGACUUGGCGCAGAGAGGAGCGCGGGUGAUCGUAGCUAAUCGAAACCAGAAAAAUGGAACGGACGCCAGAGCUAAGAUUAUAGCUGGGUCGGGCAACAACGACGUCUAUUACUAUUCUUUGGACCUCACCAGCUUCAAAUCUGUGAGAAAGUUUGCGAAUAAUGUUUUAUGUACAGAAGAGCGUUUGGACGUCCUCAUCAACAACGCCGGAAUGAUGAACGGGGAACAUAAAGUAACAGAAGACGGGCUCGUUGCAGAAAUACAGGCAAAUUAUUUCGGACCAUUUCUUUUGACGAACCUACUUCUACCGCUACUGAUGAAAACUCCAAAGAGUAGGAUUGUAAAUGUUUCGUCGGUUGUUUAUAAGCUCGGCCGAAUAGAUCUGGAUGAUCUCAAUUUGCAUAGUAAAAGUUGGAUUACAAAAUAUUUCACGUACGCUACUACAAAAUUAUAUAUCAUGCUGAUGACAGUGGAGUUGGAUCGACGUUUGCGUGGCUCCGGCGUUACAGUAAAUGUUGUACAUCCCGGCUAUGUGGCUACGAACAUUUUAAUCAAAGACGGCUCCGUACUGAAAAAAAUUGGACUAAAAAUGUUUGGAGACUUCGUUAAAACCGCUAGAAUGGGUGCUCAGACGAUCAUUUAUUUGGCUGUGUCACCUGAAGUUACAGACGUAAGUGGAUGUUAUUUUGAGGACUGCAAAUUGGUAAAACUGAACAGAAAAGCCAACGAUAUGGAUGUUGCAAGAAAACUUUGGGACAAAUCAUUGCAGUUGGUACACUUAGAGUAA